UACAGUAUCCGAAGCGAGAAUGUUUCAAGAUUACAAGGAGACGAAUGUUUUUAAUUGUAUUUUAACGUAUUUUACUUUAUUUUAUCUGACGAAACAUGGAACGGAAACUGAUGUCCCUCUACCGGAAGCCCCCCAUCCAUCUGCCUGCGUAUCCUACCACAAUUCUAGCGUGUGUAGUUUUUAGAGCGAGUCCGUCGCAGAGUAAUAUGGGAAAUGGGAUGUAUAUCCAAAGACGUAUAAUAUGCCUGCGUGCGUGGAUACUAUAGUUGCUUCCUCUCCAACAUCACUGACAUGAUCACUUCUGCAGCUCGGCCAAGGGGCCAACAAGGCGUGGAGCUGGACGAGGCUGAUCCUGACUUCAGGAUACCUCGCAGGGGGCGACCCCCAAAUGCGACGCAAGCAAGGCGCAAUUCAGCCCUCUUCCGGAGGACAAGGGCCUUAUGGGCGAUGGUGGAAGGCUCUGCAGAAGGCAUACUGGACAUGAAUAAGGCGUGGAUGUCCCUCGGCGUCCGCAUUAGAAGCGUCCUCGACAUCACAAACGUCCUUAUGGGCGCAGGGGUACUCUUCAGGACGUCCAAGUACACCGUACAGUCGACGGGCCCUGAUUUAAAGGCUAAGCUGGGCCGCGAAGUCCAGAUCCUCGAGGACGCGGAGAAGAAGCUGGAUGAGUUGAUAGAGACCGCCCUGGAGCACGUCGACCACAUGUGGGAAGAUGAGAUCAGCGAGAAAUUUCUGUAUCUGUCAUAUGAGGAUGUGAAAACGAUCCCAAGUUUGAGGGAACAGACGGUGAUUCUGGUCAAAGCCCCCGCCGAGACCGUUCUGGAAGUGCCCCAUCCAGCAGAGAGUAUCCAGCUGUUUCUGAAGAGUAGCCAAGGUCCUAUCGAUGUGUACCUCUCCUCGGAGGACCACUCCCCCUUCGAUGUCCCAGAAGACCCACAGGACGACGACGACGAUGACGAACCCACAGACUGUUCCGACGACGAUGGCCCCAUGGAGCAUACCCAGACUCCAUCUUUCCUGAGCAUGUCGUCCACAGACGCCGUUGAAGACUUGUGCAGCAGCACUGUGACCAUGGAGCAAUUGCCGCCACUUGCCAACGAGUCUUUCCCCCCUUCUCCAAGCCCUCUCUCCUCCCUGCUCGCCCCCACGUGCUCCUCCGACGGGGAGGAGACGCCGUCCUUUGCCACUCUCACCACGCCACUGGCCCUCUCUCUGGGAGGGGAGGAAUACCUCCUCAGUCUGGGGGAGGACGAGGGCAUUUCAUACCCCUUUUCUUCUGUCGAACUGGAAGGGGGCUUGUGGAAGUGUUUUGCGCCGGCUGACCUCCCCCCUUGAGUGCCCCGCUCCGCCGCGCUCUGUGCUAGUUCUCCUAAAGAUUUCAGAGGCCCAUCCAGACUCAAACCGUGGCCACUCUGUGAGGCUUUCUUGAGCCCCUGGAGGGGCAGAGGGGUUUUUCCUGGUGGCCAAAAAGAUGAUACUUUGAGCCGAACACUGAACCUCGCUUCCUCCACACAUGCCUCCCACCUGUCGUUUUCCAUUCAGCUCUCAUUGCUGUAGUAGUCCAGUCGCCGUAAACGCACUUUUUCUGUCAAGAGUAGAGUUCAUCUUUGAGUAGUACAGGGACCACGGUUUAGAUGGUUGAUUCACUUUUGAAGGAUUGUAACAAUAGUUGGUUGUCAUUGUGUCAGUCCCUCCUGGAAGAACAUGGGAACUGUGCCUGGAUGGUUAGUAUUCAGGCAUUUUGCACUGGCUGAAUAGACCCUCUCUGAAACCCAUGCAACACCUCGGUUUCCAUGUAUUGUUGUGGAGUGUAACCAUGUCUGAGAAAAGCUUCUUUUUUUUUUUCUCGAAAGCCCAGAGUUUAUUAAAGAUGGAAGUUGGACCAUUUCCACAAUAUACCUCCAAACUGCUAUACAUUUGAGAUGUUGUUCAGAGUAUGGGAUUAACAUCAUAUUGCUCUAGCUUUUCAGUGCAGUACAAAUGUCAAUGCUGCCAUAACAAUGUAAAAGCGUGUUGGCUAUUUGAUGAAGGCAGGUCUGUAGCCAUGUUUUUAGAGCGUGCAAAUGUAGACGCUCUCUGCUCUCUAUGCUAAAGCUGUCAAAGUUGCCAAGCACCGUAGGCCGGGAGCUAUGGACCAACUUUCUCCAGUAUAAUGGUUGGUUUGUCCCAGUAUUUAAGAGGGCCGCUCAAGAUCUACAUUAAUCAUGUUUUCCUCAUAAAUAUGUUUUUUUUUUUUUUUUUUUUUUGGUU